CUCCCGAGAUGUUCGUUUUUCGUGUCUUAAACACUGUUCCAUAUACAAAUCGGACUGGAGCAAAGGAUCUUGUCGCCAGCAUACACUCAUUCCUCACAUCGAAUUUGCUCGUUGGAUUGGCCGUUCUAAUUUCAUGGAAACAGUUUGGUGGAACUCCAAUUGAAUGUAUGGUUCCAUUGGACUUCACAAGUGCUUGGGUUCAAUAUUCGAAUAAUUACUGUUGGGCUCAACCAACAUAUUUCAUCCCAUUCACAGAAGAACUCGUGGAGCAAGUUGUCGAUCCAGCUGAUGUUGUAGCAGAUGGAAUAACAAUUGGAAACGGUGGAAAUCGACCGAGAUUUGUCAAAAAAGGCGGCGAAAAAAUAUCCUAUUAUCAAUGGAUGUCAUUUUUUCUACUUUUCGAAGCCGCAUGUUUCCGAUUGCCUUGUUUCAUUUGGAAAUAUUUUGCCAGUCAAAGUGGAAUGCAAGUCGGUGAGAUUCUUCGAGUAGCUUCAGAUGAGAAUAAUGCUGUUCCACUUGUCAAAAAAGCGAAUAUCGAUGCAUUGUGCAUUCAUUUACGAGGAGUUUUGCGAUUCCAAAAAAGACUGAAAUUGAAAAAGAUAGUUCCACACAAGAUUCUGCGUUUUCUGAACAUCAAGUAUUCCGCAUACUACGUCACUUUCAUCUAUUUUGUUGCAAAAGUUGCAUUUUUGCUCAAUGUCAUCUUACAAUCGAAGUUGUUGAACAAAUACAUGCUCCCACAUGAUCGUCAACAAAACUUUGGCUUCGAUAUGUGGAAAACCAUUUUCUAUGGAAGUACGAAUGGAAAUGAGACAUGGCGAGAGAACGGGGUGUUUCCACGUGUAACACUCUGUGAUUUUGAAACUCGGGACAUGGGAAAUGUGCAGAUGCAUACUGUACAGUGUGUGCUGCUCUUGAAUCUGUUCACCGAGAAGAUUUUCGUAUUUUUAUGGGCCUGGUACAUCUUGCUCACUGCCUUCACCGUUGGAAAUCUGUUCUCUUGGUUGUUUGCAGUUUUCAAUGAGACUUACAAUGAGCAUUUCAUAUUGAAUCAUCUGGAAAUGUGUGAAACUCCAUUUGAUAAGGAUGAUUUGAAAAAUCGUGAACAUGUCACUCGAUUCAUCACUCUUUAUCUCGGAACUGACGGUCUAUUUCUUCUCCAGCUCAUUGCUCAGCAUGCGGAUGUAGUUUUCACCACUGAACUGAUUGCUGCACUUUUCAAAACUUACAUUGAAAUAGAAGCACAGAGAGCAACUCUCAAACAAAUGAAUGCAGUUCUCCCGCUGCUUCGCCCGAAUGAUGAAUCUCAGGUGGAAAGUGGAAAAAAUACAGCUCCAUCUACAAGCCAUAAUGUUAGACGUCGUGGAACAGAGCAAUUAGAGAAAAAUGUCAAAUCUAGACAAGGAUCACUAUCAACACAACUUCGUCCGUUCAACAGCUUCGAAGAACCGGAUCAACCGACGAAAAAGUUCGAUGAUAGCAGUAGUGAGGAUGAGAAUAGCAAAAAGGGAAGCAAAAAGCCAAGUCCAACAAAAAAGAAGGCUUCAUCGAAGAAUAGUCCUCAAUCUUCGUCAAAUUCUCGUCGUCCAUCACUGGCUCACACUGCAUCCCCGGCUUUCACUCACCACCACGAACCUGAUUCAAAAAUUCCGAAGACAGCCGAAAAAAAGCAUUGGUGAUUUGAACAUUGUAAUUUUGUAAUAUUAUUUCCCCAUACCAAGUAUUCAGUUUGCUCCCCAUGACUAGCUUUAUAUCAUUUCUACGGUCACAUACACUCUUUAAUUGCAUAAUCUUAAAACAAAUUCUGGUCUCUGAAUAGCAUUUCCAUAAUAAUUAGCAAAUAAUAAACAAGAUUCAUAAAUAUUUAUA